AUGUCUAGCAAACGGUCACUGGAAAGCAAACAUGAUUCCGAUUCUAACAAAAAACUCAAGGGCCAUUCAUUGGAUCACUCCUAUACCAACUUGCAAGAUAAUCCAUAUCUUCAACAAGAAAAGCCCAAAUCCGGUAGAGGUUUAGAUGUCGAAUUGCAUCCAUUGCUCCGAAAUUUCAACGAUAACAAUAACAGUAACAACAACAACAACAAUAAUAAUAGCAGCAGCUAUAAUAGUUUAGUGAGCAGUAAAAAUCCAUUACGACUGCUGCAGAAUAAAUGGUUUGACCCAGCAGCUUAUAACCCGUACGUCAGCAAUUCAAGCUCACUACCUCUGCACAAGCCACGACCUUUGAGGUUUGUCCCGAAAGGAAAGUAUGUGGCAAAAGCUGAAAAGCUUCGUGAAAAGCUCCAAGUUGAAGAGGAGGAAAGACAGAUCCAGGAUGAAUUGUUAAAACAAGGAUUAUUACCUGACAAGGUUUUGAAUGAGGAGUUGUACACACCGAAAUAUCCACCAUUAAUUGAAUGGUGGGACCGAUCCUACCUUCGAGAUAACAACUACUCUAAGAUCAACGAUGAGAGUCGACUUUUACUAGAAAGUGAAGAGCAGCCCAUAACUUAUUAUAUACAGCAUCCACCAAUGUUGCAAGCAAUUUGGGAGUCGAAAACGAGCGACCUCAACGACUUGAAACCGAUGUUUCUUACUGCGAAGGAGCGCAAAAGAAUGAGAAAGAAUGAUAGACAGAUCAGACACAAAGAAAAGCAGGAUCGUAUCAAGCUUGGGUUGGAUCCACCGCCUCCGCCCAAAGUCAAGCUUUCCAACUUGAUGAAUGUCUUGACUAAUGAAGCAAUACGGGACCCAACAGCAGUGGAGAAGAAAGUAAGACAACAGGUAGAGGAGCGACUACUGAAGCAUUUGGCUGAAAACGAGGCAAGGAAACUUACAAAGGAAGAGAAGCAUGCUAAGUUGUUUGCGAAACAGGAGAAAGAUUUAGCACAAGGCUUGCAUACAGCUGUGUUUAGAAUCCUCAAACUAGAUAACCCAAAGGAUAUGUUUAAGAUAGACAAGAAUGCGCAACAGGAUAACUUAUUUGGUAUAUGUUUGAAGAACCCAAAGUUCAAUUUGGUAAUUGUUGAAGGUGGAGAAAAAGCAUUGAAACAUUACAAGAAAUUAGUGAUGCACAGAAUCAAAUGGGAUGAAAACGACCCCAAUAACGAGUGUAGACUUCUUUGGGACGCCACAAUCGAGGAGCUUCAUUUUGGCAAAUGGAGUAUAAUGCAUUCGCGAGAUGACGAAGAGGCACUAAAAGUGUUGAGAAAGUUUGGUUUAGAAAGCUAUUGGACGUUAGCCCAUACAGAUGAGGAAAAAAAUAAAAGCGAAUAA